UUUCUCACAGCACACACAUACACAACAAAUCAGCCAAUUGAUGGAGAAAAUAUGGCAAAACCCAAAAAUCCUACAUUCAACAGCUAAAAGCCAACCACCCCCAACACCGCCGCCACAGAUUCAAUGUCUACCCCCUUCCUCAGCAGCUAUCAAGCUGACACGCAGACAGCUCGGAAUCUGCACCAACUCGUCUGCACUGCUCCUCCUCACGUCCCAAUUUCAAGAUCAGUUUCAUUUGCCCAUAGCAAAAGCACAAGAACAAAGCCCAGAAAGCGACAUUCCUAUUGAGAAUAAUGUCACAAGUCCUGCUGAGGCUAACCCACUUGACAUUGGUAGCACCCCCGCUACAACAGAAGACAACCCAGAGGAGACUAGUAGCACGACCACUCCAACUGAAGACAGCCCAGUUGAGAAUAGAGGCACUGAUAUUUCCAUUGAAGAGAAAUCAGUUGAGAAUAACACCACCAGCCCUGCAGAAGAGAAUCCAGUAGAGACUGGCAGCAGUACCAGUCCCACAGAAGAGAUUCAAACGGACACUAGCAGUACUGCAAUUCCCACGGAAGAGAAUCCAGUCGAGACUACUAGCACCACCGCCAAUGAUGGUAAAUCUGACGAUGUUUCUGACAACACCACCACUACAGUAGACAGUUGCACUGACAAAAUUCUUACCAAGAGAGCUUUUCUGGAUAUAUCUAUUGACGGGAAACCCAUUGGACGGAUUGUCAUUGGGCUAUAUGGGAACAAUGUACCAGCAGGAACUACUAAAUUCAGUGAUUUCGUCAGCGGAGCAGCAGGUGUUAGUUACAGAAGAAAAGAUUUCAUUAAGAUCACACCAAGUUACGUGCAACAUGGUGGGGUUAGAUCAUAUGGUGUCGAUGCUGAACUCGCAGCUAAAACUGGGAGGAACUUUGCAGUCGACAAUCUCAUCUCUGAACUAGAGAGAGAGAACGCCAGAUGUCCCGGGGCAAAGAAUGUCGCAGGAACUGUUGGUAUUAUCGUGCGUGAUCCACUCAAGCCGCCACCUAAGCAAAAAUUAGUUGCCAGAAACGGUAAACUGGUGAUUGAUGAAGAAGAAGUCGGGAAGGAACCCAACGGGACAGAAUUCGUGAUCUCAACAAAAGACUCACCAGAGUUGGAUGCAUCAACAUUGGUCAUAGGGAAGGUUCUGGAAGGUAUGGAGGUUGUGGAGAGGAUGAGUCAAGUUAAGACAGUACAAGAGAACACUAGUUCUCCCUAUUUCAGGGUGGCCAAGUUGAUUGGAGAUAAAAGGGCAGUAGUCGCAGAGAGAGGGUUCAACAGACCCUAUUCAAAAGUAAUGGUCACCAAUUGUGGGUUAAUGGCAUAAUAAUCACAUGUUCAUUGUAUUAGUGAGAUAAAUUUACGAGGACCAAUGAGUUGUAUGUAAUUGCGAAUUUUGCUCUACAGUUGAUUAUGUAAAAGGCCAAAAAUUUUGUGAGCA